AUGAAAAAACUACGUGACAACAAUGAAGAAAGAACAACUUUAAUGACAAAAAAGAAUAACUCCAAUGAUGAAACACCAGAAUGGACAACUUCAACGAUGGCUCUAACAAAAAAAAAGAAACUAAAAGAAAAUAUUAAUACUCUAACAAAAAAAAUUCAAAUGAAAAAAAAAACUUGA